CACCCCCCACAGCAGGGGGCGGAGUCUGAGGAGGGUGGAAGAGGGUGGCUCAAGUCGGGUUGAAUCACUCCUUCACGUCCCUGGGCUGUGUGGGCAUGGUUAGCAGCUCGCCCUGUCGCCCCCGCCAUGGAAAAUGGCGCCAGCAUGACCUGCUGCGGCGGGUGAGGCGACAGAGGGAGGGGGGAGGAGGAAGGGUGAGGCGAGCAGCAGCGAGAUUGAGACUGCAGCUGCCACAUUUGGCUCUUCAUCAUCUGAGCAUGCUCAGAGCAGGAUUGUGUGCCUCCGCUCCUUGGCGUCGCUGGCCAAUCGCGUUCGUCUGGCACUUCCUGCCUGCCAGCGCUCUGCAGCCACUGGCCAAUAGGGUGGCGCUUUACCGCUCCUUCCCAACACGUUUCCUGUCUCGGGCGUGGGGUCGUGUGAAUGGGGUGGAGCUCCCGACGUGGCUACGCAAACCCGUCUACUCACUCUACAUCUGGACCUUUGGUGUCAACAUGCAGGAGGCGGCAGUGGAGGACUUGCAUCACUAUCGUAAUCUGGGAGAAUUUUUUCGUCGACGUCUGAAACCAGCCGUGCGACCGCUGUGCUCGUCCUCAUGCCUGGUGUCUCCGGCUGACGGCAGGAUCCUCCACUUGGGUCGUGUCAAGAACUCGGAGGUAGAGCAAGUCAAGGGCGUCACUUACAGUCUGGAAAACUUCCUGGGGCCGCAGCAUGGGCGGAGCAACGGUAAGACCGCUCCCAUUGUGAGCGACCACAGAGCGGUGGAAGUGACCGAAGACGUCUCUGCAGACCCCGCGUCCUCGUCCUUCAGGGACCGCCUCCUCACGAGUCCAGACAACGAGCUGUUCCACGUGGUGGUCUACCUGGCACCGGGCGACUAUCACUGCUUCCAUUCGCCCACAGACUGGAGGGUGGAGCUCCGGCGACACUUCCCAGGCUCCUUGAUGUCGGUCAACCCGGGCGUGGCUCGCUGGGUCAAAGAGCUCUUCUGCCUUAACGAGCGUGUGGCGCUGACCGGCCAAUGGCGGCACGGCUUCUUCUCCUUGACGGCGGUCGGCGCCACCAACGUGGGUUCCAUCCGCGUCUACUUUGACCAGGAGCUGCAGACGAACACGCCACGCUACAGAAAAGGCUCUUUCCACGACCACAGUUACGUUGCCAUGGGCAACCAGGUGUUGUCGAGGGAGGGGCUGUCCUUGCGGAGGGGGGAGGCGGUGGGCGAGUUCAACCUGGGUUCUACCAUCGUCCUUCUCUUUGAAGCCCCCAAAACUUUCACCUUCAACGUGCACCCGGGACAGAGAAUCCGAGUGGGGGAGGGGCUUGGCGCCCUCUGAUUGGCUGACUGGGAGUGAUCAACUCAGGAGGAGGAGGAGCUUCCUGGCUCGCUCUGGAACAUUUUUGGAAUUCUCAGCAAUGUGCGUGCGUGUGUGUGUGUGUGUGUGUGUGUGUGUGUGCGCGUAUCUGUGUGUGUAUAUGCGUGUGUGUGUGUGUACGUGUGUGUAUAUGCGUGUGUGUGCGUACGUGUGUGUAUAUGCGUGUGUGCGUAUGUGUGUGUGUAUAUGCGUGUGUGUGCGUACGUGUGUGUGUGUGUGUAUAUAUGCGUGUGUGCGUGCGUGCGUGUGUGUGUGUGUGUGUAUAUAUAUAUGCGUGUGUGUGUUUGCACGCCCACAUGUAAAACAUGGCCUUGUCAAAAAUAAAAAAACAACCAAAUAAAAGAUGUAAUCUUUUAUUUUGAAGAGAAUAAUUUUCUGCAUGUCACUUCCUGUUGAUGUUCUGUGGGUGACGGGGACAAAGGUCGUGCUUGUGGAAUUUGAGGAAUUCAUCACAGCCAUCAUUUUUAACUCCGCCUCUGGCAGCAGAAGCAGCAGCAGAGCCAAUGGGAGAGCGGCGGGCAGCAGUUGCCGUGGCGAUGAAAGCGCGGCUCAGCCAGACCUCCGUGGGACCAGCCGUCCACGCCCAUGUCCUUCGCCGCCCAGACCUUCCUGUCCUGGACGGGAUCGCCGGCAGCUGCCUCACCGUUCCAGGGGGAGGUGCCUGUCUGCUGAGUUUUGAUAGCCAGGAAGGAGGCCAGGUCCAGGUCCAGGCCGACUGCACCCCCCCGUGGACACGGGGUGCUCUGGCGGCACUGGGGACAAGGGAUCCACACCUGGGGAGGAGGGGGAAGUGGGUUGCGAUCACUUCCUGUGUGAAUGUCACGUGACCAUGUCACGCUCACCUGCUCGUUGACGACCGUGUCCAACCUCUUCAGACACGCCUGGCAGAAGGUGUGGCCGCAGUGCAGUCGCCUUGGCAACCGCGUGGCGAGGUCAUAGCUGCCAAAGCACACGAUGCACACCAGGUCCUGGCGCUUGAGUGAUGUCACCGUCUCCAUGGCAACAGAGGAUGCCCCCUCUUCUAUGUGUGUGGACAUUUUGGCGUGUAGUGUGUCAAGCUAGCUGGAAAACCAACAGAAUGAUACCUGCUGGAGUGCGGGGCUUAACAAUGUUGAUUAACACACAAACAUACCCGACCAAUGGCUUCCAUUUGGUGCUCCUUUCUUCCUCGGCUGUUCUUAUUCCAUCGUGUUGUCCAUGUCUUCUUGUUGGUCGCGCGUGUUCUUCUGCCCUCCUCUUGGUGUUUGUUUGGCCUUCAUCAAUAAUUCAUCCUCAUAAAUGUUGUGUGUUUGCUCUUCAUGCUUGACAAACCACAUGUUUGCAACUGAAGAGAAAACAAGACUUUCCAAUGGACACUUUGCAACAUUUGGACCAACAAUGUUUUCUAAAGAGCUUUUACUGUCCUGUAACUGGAUGAGUGCUGCGUCAGGUUACACAGCUGUUACCUAGCAACAGGACUCAGAUGACUUCUGAUUGGACGACAUCCUGUAUUGCCACAUUUUUCUCUUUUUCUACUCUUAUGCGAACAAGACGUUGGAAAUGAAGCAUGACAAUGAACGUUUGAAUAAUCAGUCCAUCGUCACUGGUGUCACACAUCAUGCUAUCACACGCUAACUUAGGAAGUUCCAGCCAUCCGUUUUCUAUGCCACUUAUCCUCACCAAGGUCGCGGGUAUGCUGGAGCCUAUCCCAGCUGACUUUGGGAGAGAGGCGGGGUACACUCUGGACUGGUGGCCAGCCAAUGGCAAGUAUUAUCGGGUCAGCGAAGGUGCCGGCUAUCUUCUGGCGUCACAGGUUUCGUCAAGGACUCCAGGAGAAAGUUAUCUUUGGAGAGAGUGGCCCCAAUGGUCUGAGCAAAACAAGUAUAACAGUCGAGGGGUUCUGUCUUUCAUUUGGCCGGAAGAUGGGAACGGGUGAAUGAAACGGGGUCCAUGGACAUGAGAAGAGUUCGGAGAAGCCAUGGUGAACGACUUCCGGACGGCUUCGAGGAGAUUCUGGACGACCGUCUCAGGAGGAGGAAGCAGUACCCAGUCAACACGGUGGUGUCAUGGUGGGGAUGUUGCGGAUCAGUUGAAGGAAUACUUCAGGGUAGGAGGGCUCAGGUAAAACCAAGGACACAUCUCUUGGGAUCUUGCUCUUUUCCUUGUUCUUGUUUCCUUUUCCUCCUUUCUUCUUUCCUCUCUGUGGCCAAGAACAAGUUAAACUCAUUCAAAAUCAACUCAUCGAUAGUCCUGAUCAUUUGUUUGAUCCUCCCAAAUGUUUCUUUAUUUGUACAGACCUGCUCUCUCAGUGUAAGAGUGUAGAGGAUAUAAAAUAAAUGUAUAAAAACAGUACAAGAAAUGAUUAAAAAGAAUACAAGUUCAGAAAGCAGAUAUAAAAACACUAUGAAUGCACAACAAUCAUUGUGCAAUCAUUUCAAUCAUUGACCAAAAAAGGUGAUGACAAAUGCUAACGAAGUUUUAGCCAUGACCACAGCAAUGAUGACAUCACCGCAGAGAAAGAACAAAUACCUCCUUCAUUCAGGAACGUCACGUUACGCCACCACCGACGUACAUUACGUUCCAGCUUCAGUCAUUCAGAAAAACACAAACUAAACCUUU